UCCCUUUUCUUCCUUCUUUCAUUCUGGUCGGAGCGAAUAGUCUUUCAACUCUCUGGAACACGGGAAUUAGGGUUUAUUCACGGCGUGAAGACACACAUUCUCAACCGCGUAAGGUCGCCGGAGUUUUUUCGAAUUCUCCUCCGCACUUGAUUCGCUGCUUCGAGAACGUAUUCAAUUGGAUUGGAGCGACACCGGAGCGGGCGGGAGGGAGGGAGGGAGGGAGAGGAAUUCCGUGUUUCGCGGAGGCGAAUUGUCCCCGGCGGAUCUCUCACUGCAAUCGAAUGGUGUUGUGUUCUUCCACUACAUCCUGAGACUGAUAUCAUUGCUUGGAUAAACUCCACUUUUUCUGUUUGUAUCGAUCAAUCCAAUACCUGGCAAUUGUGUUCUGCUGACAUAUUUGAUGCAAAUAGAUGGAUCCAGAAAACAGAAAGUUUGGAAGAGGUCCCAGAGAACUUACAGGUGCUGUUGAUCUUAUUAGUCAGUUCAAGUUGUUGCCUCAUCAUGAGUAUUUCUGCAAGAGGCAACUUCCACUAUCAAUUUCAGAUACACACUAUCUGCACAACGUGGUUGGAGACACAGAAAUUAGGAAAGGCGAAGGAAUGCAAUUGGAUCAGCUUAUUGAGGAUGCUUCCUUUUCAAGAGAGAUGAAUGCAUCAAUAAAGCCAUUUGAUCUAGAUGUUCUGGGAGAAGCUUUUCAACUGAGGGAAACAUCUCCAAUUGAUCUGCCCUCUUCUGAAAAGGGUAUUCCAACUAUGGUGGGGAAAUCUAAGAGUGAGUCCAAAGACAAGGAGAAGAAGCAUAAAAAGCACAAGGACAAGGACAAAGAUAAGGACAAGGAUAAAGAUAAAGAACAUAAGAAGCAUAAACAUCGUCACAAGGAUCGAAGUAAAGACAAGGAUAAAGAUAAAAAGAAAGAUAAAAGUGGCCAUCAUGAUUCUGGUGCCGAGCAUUCAAAGAAGCAUCAUGAGAAGAAAAGGAAGCAUGAUGGAGAGGAAGAUAUCAAUGAUCACAAGCACAAGAAAAGCAAGCACAAGAGCUCAAAAAUUGAUGAAAUGGGUGCAAUAAAGGUAGCAGGCUAACAAGCAGCAUGACUGGUGUCCAUUGUUUUUUGUCCUCAGAUUUAGCAGUUGAGAAUUUGAAGGGAACCUUCUACUAACUAUUAUGAAAUUUUUCUGAGAAUAGUGUACGGGCUAAUGAAAGAUUUCUGAUAACAUGAACUGUCCUGUUGAAGUAGAUUAACGGAGUAGCAACCUGUGCAAACAAACCAUGCAUCACGGAAUAUGAUCCCUUCAUAUGGCACUCGUGACAGAUUGUUUUUCAUGAUGCUGUUAUCCUCCUCGCUUAAUCUAAUCUAAAUCUGAAGGCUUACUAUUAGGCGAACCAGUUGGAGCUAUUGGGUAGAAGGCAGAGGAUGAGAUGACUGCCAUUUAUUAUUUUCCAUUAAGCUUGGGGAUCUGGUUUCUGAUCUUCAAUUUGUAGAUAUUUGUUAGGUUUCUCUUUCAUUUUUGGGGUGGGGGAUUUGUUUCUAGUAUGGGUUCUCUCAUGUACUCCUAUAGGACUCUCUGAUUGUUGCAACAGAUGUUCUUGUUGUACAUACUUCUAGAAAGAAAUCAAAAUGAAGUCAUUGUUUCUGAUGCCAAA